AUGACAUCAAGUCAAAUAAUUAGUGAUCGUGUAGUGAAAUAUAACAGUGAUGAGAAAAAAUCAAUUGAAAAAAUAGUGAAAAAAGUGAAACUCCAACGACAUAAGAUUUCCAAGACAGGUCCUGUCACAAAUAUUGACUCUGGCCUCCAAACGGUUGAAAAGAAGAUGAAAAACUCAACCAGACGAUUGGGCCAUAAAUCACCCGGUAGCACUCAAAGUGACUCUAAAAUCCUGAAAGUCAAUAAUAAAAAAACAAGUGAAAUCGUGCAAGUGAGCACAGAGGAAAAAAAGUUGUGGAUUAAUAUGCUAGAACAAGAUCUUCAUGUGUUCAAUCAUGUGAACUAUAUUGAUAAGAAAAAGGAACUGAAAAAAAUACAGGCUCGCGAAAAACGUUUAAAACUCGCGGAAAAAAAGAAGGCCGACUUUAUCGCUCGCGAAAAACGCCGCGAACUAGCUAAGGAAAAACAAAGACAAUUUAGAGCUCGCGAAUCCGAAACAAAUCGAUCCAAGGACCACACAUCGAAGGAUAUCAUCCCUGAGGUCAUCAUGGAAUUGGAUUCAUCGAUCGAGAUCAUUCCCAGCACUCCAUUAGUUAUCAAUUUAAUCCUGGAACGCGAGGGUGAAGAUGCACAACAUGGACCAUUGAAUUCCCCGGCCUCAAUCCCUACAAAACCGCGAAAAACUAUCGAGGAAAUCCCAAAAAGAGCUUGAUCGAAUUGCGAUGCAAUUGGAUCAAAGCGGUGAUGAUGAUGAUGAAGCAUUGGCCCUCCAGAGUCUUGAUUGUAUCCCGUUAUCACUCAGUAACCGUUCGGCUUAAAAAUUUAUGAAACAUUUUUGUAUUUUUUUGGAUAGCUGAAAUAAAGGUCAUAAAUUUUAUUGCAUUAACGGCGAGUCUUGACUUUUUUCUUUUAUUGCUAGGCAAGACCCAAUAUUCCCUCUCCUGUCCCCAGCCCUUUUUUUUUCUCGUAGAAGCUAGGAGAAAUUUCUCUCGCUUCUUCUUCGUCGGCGUCCUGUAGCCUUUCGUUUACUGUCUCUUUCUUUCUCGUUGUUUAGAGGGUUUAGAGAAGAAUUUUGACUUUUUCCU